AUGCAGCCAUUCAUUGCUGCAAUGCUCAAGGUACGACAGGCCUUCUACGCUGCCAUUAUCAGGAGUUUGCUGAGGACGAAGUCUGUCCUCCAAACCAUCCUGAAUAUCUGGAUUGCGCCUUCGAUUAUCAAGAACAAGAAUGUUGACCAGAAUGGCGAUAUUGGUGGGGGAAAGAAGAAGAUGUAUGCGGAAUUCAUAACGAAUGUUGAGACCGCUUUUGGAGAGUCCAGGGAGAAGUCGAGGCUGGUGGCCUUGUCUGAUGGGCUGAGGGCUCAAUUUGGGGAGAGUUUAUUGGACAAUCCGAUGAAUAUGCUCCCGUCGUACAACCAUCAACUUCCCACGGGAGAUGAAUGUGGGACCUAUCUCGCUCUCGAUGUUGGGGGAUCCACUUUUAGGGUUGCUUUGAUUGAGCUUUCCGGGCGUGGAUGUGUCGGGCAGGAGACUACGAUAUUGAAAAUAGAUUCUUACAAAAUCUUAGGUGCUGUGAGGCAGCUAAAGGGUGUUUUGUUUUUCGACUGGAUGGCUGAGCGCAUUUCACAGACUCUGUCAGGUCAGGAUGAAGGCCAUGAUAUGUCCAGCGCUCCUCUAUCUAUGGGAAUGUCAUGGUCAUUUCCAAUUGAGCAAACCUCACUUCGAAGUGGACUUCUCUUGGGUAUGGGUAAAGGCUUUCUUGCAGCUCAUGGUCUUCUUGGAAAAGAUCUUGGAGAUAUCAUUCAAGAUUCAUGCUCCAGGAAGGGUCUCAACGUUCAAUUGAACGCUAUCGUCAACGACUCUUCGGCAACUCUGCUCUCCAAGGCAUAUUUAGACCAGACUACCCGCUUUGCGCUCAUUGUGGGCACUGGACUAAACGCUGCUGUGCAUCUCCCAGUACACAUGUUCUCUCCUCCCAAAUUCGGCGUUCGACCUGAUAGCUGGCACGAUGCAGCCAAACAUGUCAUCGUCAACACAGAGCUCUCCAUGUUUGGCGCUGGCAUCCUACCGGAAACGAAAUGGGACGAAAGACUGAGGGCUAGUCAUCCUAUGCCCGACUUUCAACCAAUGGAGUAUUUCGUCAGUGGGGGGUACUUGGGAGAGAUUGUUCGCUUGGUUUUGGUCGAUGGUAUCCAGACAGCAGGAUUUUUUGGAGGCAUCGUACCUCCCAGCCUGAGAGAGCAAUACUCCUUGGACACUGAGACUAUUUCUCAUAUUGAAUCCGACCAAAGCACAUCGCUCUCCUCCGCGCGAAAAAUUUUCCUCUCUCGACACCCAACAUCCUACCCGCCUACACAAGAGGACAUGCAAGCUAUUCGCCUCAUCGCGUCGCAUAUCACUUACCGAGCAAGUGGCAUUCUCGCAGCCGGCACCCACGCGCUGUGGCAACUGCGCAACGAAGCCGAGUCGAUCCCUGCAGACGAAUCCUCACAUACGCUGGUAGCAUAUAACGGGUCAGUGCUCGAGAACUACCCGGGGUUCAGGGCGACAUGCCAGGAGCAACUCGACGCGUUGGUUGAGGCGACGGGCGCAAAGAGAGGGGUCGUAGAAUUAAUGUAUGCGGAAGAGAGCAGUCUUCUUGGAGCGGCGGUUGCGGUAGCAUGUUCUAGUGGGUAG